AUGGUUGCAUCUUUGAGGGAUAUCGCAGCAGUGGCUAUUGUGCUGAUCUUAACCCUGAAGCGGGAAGAAAAGUUUGGAAAAGAAGCUUUUGUGGUCCUUCUGUGUCCAUGUUUUUACAGGAAAAGGAAAGCAACUUCCCACACUGUUCUUUCCAAGGAUCCAAUUUCAUGUUGGGAUUCGAUUUCCUCUUUGAUGGCAAAUACUGCUUCUGAAAAAGUUCCACCCAGUCCAUUUCGCGUGCCACCUAGUCCUUCCAGAUUUUCAAAUUCCAUCCCAAAACUUAGUAGAUUGGGAUCAAUUCAUCUCUCAAUAUGAGUCAGGUUGCAAAGAGCCACACAUAAUCUUUCUUCGCUUGCACUUCGAAUAGGAGAGGGUGGCUUUGGAACUGUCUACAGGGCCCAGUUAGAAGAUGGGAACACCUAUGAGAGCUUGCGAACUGAAUUCAGUCAAGUUGAAAGUUGAUUCUGGCAAAUUGAUCACCGGAAUCUGGUGAAGUUACUUUGGUUACGUUGAAAUAAAGGAAAUGAGCCGCCUUAAUUUAUUUUACAAGAAUUUGUACCUAAUGGUACCUCUUAGAGAACAUUUGAUGGUUCAGCGUGGAAAAUUCUGGACUUUAACCAAAAGGCUUGAAAUAUCUAUUUUGAUAAUGUUGCUCAUGCACUAACUUAUCUCCAUACAUAUGCAGAAAAGCAGAUUAUCCAUCGAGAUGUUAAAUCUCCCAACAUUCUUUUGACUGAAAGCAAUGACGGGCCAAGGUUUUGCGGAAAUUUUGGAUUUGCCAGACUUGGUCCGAUGGACUCUGAAUCAGACCCAUAUUUCAGACCAAAGCUGAAUGGGACAGUGGGUUACCUUGAACCCUGAAUAUAUGAAGACCUGUACCAACUCACUCCAAAGAGUGAUGUAUACUCAUUUGGGAUUUCGCUUCUAGAAUUCUGA